AUGACAAAGGAAACAGCCCUGAAUCAUACUUCUGACUCGAGUCUAAACUCCGAUACUUCAAAUGAAGCUCAUUUUCAUGCUGAUCAUUACGAUGCUGUACCAUUAGACCUAUCUGGGGUAACAGAGGAUGCAGUUUCGAGACAAAUAUCCAGGAUUCAAUCCAGAAGGUCUAAAGACACUGAUCUUGAACAACAAGUGCAGAAUCCAAUACCUGAUCUGGAACCAGCAGAGAUUGAAAAAGUUAAUAGUAUUUCCGAUGAUCCAAAAUUCAAUCGUUUCCCAGCUAGUAAGAAAAAGUUAUAUGUUGCGGUUGCUUCAUUAUCGUGCUUCUUGUCGCCAUUAUCUGGUUUGUCAUUUUUACCAGCCGUUCCAGAAAUCGCUUCAAGAUUUAAUACCUCUGGUGAAGUUAUUAAUAUUUCAAGUGCAGUCUAUUGCAUAUUCAUGUCGAUUUCUCCUUGUAUAUUUUCUCCAAUCUCUGAUAUCUAUGGAAGAAAAAUCACUUUCAUUGUUUGUUCUUUCAUGUUUUCGGUAUCAACUAUCUUGGUGGCUGUUUCGGUAAAUUUAGCAAUGUUCUUCAUUUUUAGAGCUUUGACUGCCAUAUUUGGUACUUCUUUCUUUAGUGUGGGUGCUCAUGUGGUCGCUGAUUUAUACAUCCCUCGUGAAAGAGGUGCUUGUAUGUCUUACAUUAUAUGUGGAGCUCAAUUAGGUACCGCUUUUGGUGCAGUAAUCGGUGGUAUCAUUGUUAAUUAUACUAGUUGGAGAGUUAUAUUCUGGGCUUUAGCUGGUAUUGGUUUUUUGGUUUGCGUAAUGGCAAUUGUUCUUCUAGAAGAGACUUCCGUUGAAACCAGACAUUCAAAGAUUUUAAAAGAAGCUAAAAAGACAAACCCAAAAAAGAAAUUUGUCCUAGUUCCAAUAAACCCAUUCAGAAUCAUUAAGGCUUUAAAGUAUCCAACUUUAGUCAUUGAUGGUUAUAUCACUAUAUCUUUGGUUUUCAAUAUGUAUUCUUUGCUAACUCCAAUCAGAUACGUGAUGGAUCCAAGGUUUAACUUAACAAAACCAGUCUAUAGUGGUUUAUUCUACUUGGCUCCUGGGUUAGGCUACUUAGUCGGCAGUUUAUUUGGUGGUAAAUGGGCUGAUUAUGUUGUUAGAAAAUAUCAAAAGAAAAGAGGUAGAAGAGUUCCUGAAGAUAGACUACGUCAAACCUAUAUUCCUUUGGGAUUUAUUUACCCAGUUAGUAUUUUGAUAUAUGGUUGGUCAGUUGAGAAAGAAAAGGGUGGAAUGGCGGUACCAAUAAUCUUUAUGUUUAUCAGUGGUUUGGCUCAAACAAACAUCUUCCCAGCAAGUAACACUUAUUGUGUGGAUUCAAUGCCUGAAUUAGCUGGUGAUGCAAUUGGUAGUAGUUACUUUACGAGAUAUUUGGCGGCUGCCUUGGCCUCUGCCGUUUGCUUGAAAAGUAUCAACAAAAUUGGUGUUGGGUGGACUUGUACAUAUAGUGCUGCUUUACUAUGGAUAGGUUUCCUCUGUGCUGUCUAUCUAGUCAAAUAUGGUGAGGACGUACGAGUUAACUCACUUAUCAAAAAUGGUUUAAGAAAGCCAGAAGAGUUCGAAUCGAUCAAAUGA